AUGGAGUCGAGCCGCAAGCGAAGAACAGGGUUCAUCAAAGGGAAACUGGUGAAGUCUUUAUACCGAGCAGCAGCACCUGCGAAGCCCACCACAUCACCAACUAAUUAUUAUUACAGCUCGGAGGACAGUCCUCGAACUGUUUAUCAUCUUCAUCUUCAUCAUCAUCAGCCAAAGGAAAAGCUUGUUCCUUACAAUCCAAAUAGCAUCAUUAUAAUGAACCAGGAGAAAUCUGCACCUCCGUUGAAGCCAAAAGUUUCUUAUUACAUUCCACCGCAGAGUACGCCCUCUAAUGGUACUAAUACUGGAAAUAAUUAUUAUGCCAAGAUGGACAAAUCUUAUGGAGACGAAAGCGUUGAUAUAAAGGCUGCCAACUACAUAUCAUGUGUUCAGGAGCGUUUCAAACUUGAACGCACUUGUUAA